CCAUUAAUAAUUAAUCAGUUUGGGAAGAUUCACUGUCCUCAAUUCUUAUCCUUACCAGUUACUCCUGUUAACCCCAACAAUCAAAAGUUAAAAAAAAAAACCCCCCUUUUUUUAUCUCUUCGUAUAUUUGCUAUGUUUAUAUAGUGGUAUAAUUCAGAGAGGUGUUUGGACUAAAAUUUAGUGUGUGUGCGUGGGAGUGAAAAGGAGAGGGUCGAAGAAGGGAAGAAGGAAGGAUGAGCUGGAGAAGAGUGGGAAAAGCUUUACAGGUGCUAUCAGCCCACACCUUUCUUCUAUGGUUUACCAUAUUUCUGGUUCUCAAGCUGGAUCAUGUUUUCUCCUACUCUUGGUGGUUUAUCUUCUUCCCACUAUGGCUGUUUCAUGCAGUUGUAGCCCGAGGUCGCUUUUCUUUACCUGCACCUUCAGUUCCACAUGAUCGACAUUGGGCCCCUUGUCAUGCCGUGGUUGCAACACCAUUGCUUAUCGCAUUUGAACUGCUUCUAUGUAUAUAUCUCGAGAGCAUAUAUGUUAAGGGUUCUGCAGCUAUGAAUUUAAAGAUUGUCUUCCUACCCCUCUUGGCUUUUGAGAUUGUCAUCCUUAUUGACAACUUCAGAAUGUGCAAGGCUUUAUUACCUGGAGAUGAUGAAAGCAUGAGUGAUGAGGCUAUUUGGGAAACACUUCCUCACUUCUGGGUGGCGAUCUCUAUGGUUUUUUUUGUUGCGGCUACUGUUUUCACCCUGCUGAAGCUUUGUGGUGAUAUAGGUGGUCUAGGUUGGUGGGACUUAUUUAUAAACUAUGGGAUUGCAGAGUGCUUUGCAUUUCUUGUUUGCACAAAGUGGUCUAAUCCAAUGAUCCAUAGAAGUCCUAAUGCUCGAGAAGCAAGUACAUCAUCAAAUGUUGUUAGAUAUCUUGACUGGAAUAGUGGCUUAGUGGUUUCUGAAGAGGACGAUUCCAGCAAUGGAAUGUGUGCUCUCCAAGACAUUGGUGGACACAUCAUGAAAAUUCCGAUUGUUUGUUUCCAAGUCCUUCUCUGUAUGCGCCUAGAGGGUACACCUCCAGGUGCCAGACAUAUCCCUAUGCCCAUGCUAUUCUCUCCUAUAUUCCUGUUGCAAGGAGUUGCAGUCCUAUUUGCUGCAUCUAGAUUUGUUGAGAAACUUGUGAUUUUAUUACGAAGUGGAGAUGAAACGGGCAGAUAUUUUGUGGUGACUUCAAAAGUUCGUGACUGUUUUGGUUUCUUGCACCAUGGCUCAAGGCUGCUUGGUUGGUGGUCCAUUGAUGAUUCUAGUAGAGAAGAACAGGCUCGUCUCUUCCAUGAUGGGGCCUCUGGCAGUUAUGAUACGUUCUGUGGUUAUCCACCUGAGAUAGUUAAAAAGAUGCCCAAGAAGGAUCUUGCUGAGGAGGUUUGGAGACUACAAGCAGCACUUGGGGAGCAAACAGAAAUCACGAAGUUUAGCCAACAGGAAUAUGAAAGAUUACAAAAUGAAAAAGUUCUAUGCAGGGUUUGUUUUGAAAGAGAGAUAAGUGUAGUUCUUCUUCCCUGUCGGCAUCGCAUUCUUUGCAGCACCUGCUCUGAAAAGUGCAAGAAAUGCCCUAUUUGCCGUGUCCCCAUCACAGAGCAGUUACCUGUGUAUGAUGUAUAGUUCAUUGCUCCUGCUCUAAACUGGUGGGAAUUGAGGGUCGUCCAAAUGGAUAGACUUCUUGCAACUGAAUGCUGCAGUUUUCUCCAAAACUUAGCAGGACGUGGUGUCGCUUUACUGAACUAACAGAAACGAGAGAGAGGGCAUCUAUAGAUUGCAGUCACGUCUUUUUCAUACUGUGAUCUCUUAUUGUCUUUCAUAUGUAGAUACUGAUUUUUGUUUAAGAAAGUUGUAAUUAUAAGUAGAAAAUUUUUGUGCUAUUGGUCUCUCUUCCUUGUGAAAUAUUAACCUGUCAAAGCAAAUUGAGUUGAAAAUGUAGAUUCACUCUUCAAGAUGUACUCUCCAUUGUUGGAACUUGGAAGGGUUUCCAGAUCAGCUUCUUCCAGCGGCAGAUGUUUAUCUGGCCACUCAUUCUUCUGCUCCGCGGGCACUGGGACUGCUUUUGUAUUUGUAGAUUGAUGCCGUCUGACUAAUUCAUCAUCCAAGAAAACGUACGGCGUUCGCCAAAUGAUUCUGUGGAUUUUAAGACCUCCAUGUGAACAUUUUUGUUUUUGGAGGGGAUAUUAAUAUGAAAAAUGUAGUAUUCCAUGUAGGCCUCUCAAUUAUGAGAGUUCUUCUAAUGAUUAAGUCUGAAAUCUUGAGUGUU